AUGACCGCGGCAGAGGGCUUCGAGGAACUGGUAUCGGAGACCACAAAAGCUGUGUCCAAGACCACCAAGAUAUAUAAGGAUGUAAAGCGGCAAUUGCUUAACUGGCGAAAGUAUACGUUUCGACACACGGAUGUUGGCGACCAAGAGAUGGAAUUAAUUUUGGCACACGUGUGUGCAUGCAAAAGAAAGACGCUGAAGACAUGCGACUCUGCAACUUUAUUGACCCUUGUUCUUACAUUCAUCAACAACAUACCCCUUCGGAGAUAUACUUGCGAUUUUGGCAAGGGAAAAUGGGAGUCUGUAAAAUCAUCGAACCAUGAAUUUGACUGCAGACUGAUGUUGGGCGAGUAUAAUUGCUUCUGGAGAAUCCAACCAUAUCUGAUGGAACUGAAGUGGAGGGCUGGGUCGAUGCUAGAAUACGUCGGGGUGCACAAGUCGCUUCCAAAUUUCAACGCAAGUUGGAAUCCUCGAAGCGAAGCGACCGUCGAGCUCACGGUAAACUCUGAAAUAUGCUCCAGUCUGUCGCAUUGUGUCAACGGUCAACGGCUAAGUGCAGAAGCAGGCUCCGUAUUGCUCCCGCCGUGUCAUGAGAGGAUCAUGAGUUUAUUAGAUGCUUUACCCUUUGAUUAUUUCGACAUUAUUGCCGUUUUGGUCAGACUACAUGAGGUCAAGAAGGAUGUCGAUAGCGGGCAAGGUCAGGACGAAGUGAUGCCGUGGCUGGGUCUGAAGGUGUUGUGUACCGGGGAGGAGUUGUUGAAGAGGGUGCUUGGUCCGAAUAUUGACGAUUCAGAAGGUUGCGAAAGAUUUCGUCGAUUGUUUGAUGGAAACAAGAUAGUAGAAGUGACAGUUCCUGGUGUUGAAGGUGCCUGCUUAGCGGUGGACCCGGAGUACACUAGUGGUUCGUGGGAGGAGUCUCCGCACAACGAAGUAGUUAUCCCGGACCUUGGUUCGAAGGGAAUCCGGUGUAGUAUGUUUACGUACAUCUUGAGGAACAUAUUGCGGCGUUAUGAGAACGGGUUAUUCUGUGUAAACAGUGGUUUGAGGUUGUGUAGCAGUUCUCAGGACCACGAUGACGAGUUGGUUAAUGACACUCUUCAAGACAUUACGUCGUUGCUGAGUUCGUUGGAAUGUGUUUCCAUUACUGAAAUUGAGCGCAUGACCGUCCUUCGGGGGCUAAUGGGUAGCCAUGAACUUCUUUCUCGGGACGUGUUGCCGUCCCCGAACGUGCAUUGUACGCUUGCCCAGCUGGGUAUUAGAAUCGAUUCGGAGAAGGACUGGUUGGACAAGCCUGUAGAAUGGCAGACGUAUGCCAAGCAUGCGGUUUUGAUUUCAAUUCUGCGGGAACUUCAACAGAAAGGUAUCAGGUCUGUUGCUUUACAUUCCACGAAAGAAAUGAGUGAUGACCCCACCGAUCCGCACCCGUACUUGGAUGUUACAGCGUAUGUGAGGACCCAAAAAGCUGGCUUCUUGGACGCUCUUGGAAGGCAAAAUGAGAGGCAACAAAAAGACGGAAACACCCAGAGAAAAUUAGUGGUGAGGAUUUGGUUGCGAGUAGGCAGGAUAGAUCCAUCUCCGAAAGAGAACUGGGUUGUAAACGGCCGAUGGAUGCCCCCGCCGGAUCGCCAGCUGGUCGCAUAUGACUCCGCUUCGCAAUCGUGGAAUGCUUAUUUGGACUCGGUGAUCCCGAACAGGUCUUUCAUAAGGAGGCAUCACUAUCUUCCCAGUCUGGCGCGAGAUGUUGAGGUAUGGAGGCACCGGUGUCCUGCCUUUGAUGCCGGGUUAAAGCUAAUGAAACUGUGGCUCGUUGAAAACUAUCUGAAUUUAUCAGAUGAUUGGGUUAUCUCUUUGCUGAUUUGCGGCUUAAUUUACCAAGAAUACCAGCACUAUUAUGCCCCAGUACAAGAUGUCGUAAGGACUGCUGUAGCUGGCCGCGAGUUCAAUCAUCUGAGGUACGUUUCAGCGAAUGAAAUCGUGUGCCGCGCGAUUUUAUUAAUAGCGCAUCACGAUUCUGAUAAAGUUCUUCCCCUUCCACUGGCCAAUGACAGCGGUAAGCCGCAUAACCCCGCCAAGCCGUUGCUCAAUCCGGUCCCGAACAACGGGCAAGACUAUCAAAUGGUUUUGGGCAAAUGUUUUGAUAUUGCGGCCAAAGUUAGCACCAAACCCGCGAUGUAUAUGGUCGCUGCGUUCGACCCAAGAGGCGUUCUGGUCGCUUCUCCGGACCACGUCGUCACCAUGCAUCUCCGGGCGCUGGCGAAGAAAUGCUCCGGUUUAAUCCAGGGAUACAACAACCUCGCUCGAACUCUUUCAGCGUGCCGUUCCGAAUUCCGCAAGUACGUAAAGGCUGCCGUCGUUUUCAAGUCUCCGACCACCUUGUCUGGCGACCGGGAUGCCGGACUGAAAAACAAGUACAAGAAUGUAGUGAAAAAGUCCUCCGCAGUUCCCGUCGACGAGACCUUCACUCAGAUUGAGAUUAUGGCGGAAGCGAUACGCGAUAUAGAGGCCAUCUUCAAGCAAGGAGGGGGCUACAGCAUAGUAUAUAAAGCAAAAAGUCCGUAUCCACUGAUUCUUCUUGUGAUUGACUCUCUGACUCUGGGGCAUAGCUCACCAAGAAAGAAAAGACGAAAUGACCUAGAUCAAGUUUGCGAUCUAGUCCAGCAAAGUUUCAACGAUUUGGUGGAAUACGUUCUCUCGGACAAGGAGUCCCUUUCCACCAUUCUCGCCGCCCUGUAG